AUGAUAAGCUCACAGACAUAUACUGCAUCGAAUUUCCACAUUCUGACCUCGGUCUGGACUAGCACUAUCACCAACACCAACACCAGCAGCACUAUCGACCCCAACGACGCCUGCCUCGGUGACGCCGGCAAAGGCAACCUCCACCCCACCUUCGGCGACGGCGAGUACCUCGACACGCUCAGCAUCCAGCACGCCCAAGUCGCCGCCACCCACGCCGGCGCUCUCCCCAUGACCAACAUCCGCUACCUCCCCCUCCAACACGUCGCCGUCGACGACCUCCGCUGGUUCGACCCCGCCAAGCUGCAGACCAUCGACUUCCGCGCCGGCUGCAUUGACGCCGGCUUCUAUCUCGGCGGCGACAUGAAGAAUGUCGUCCUCAAGACCCCGAUCACCUCCUCCUCGCCCGCCUAG